GAUGAGUCCAAUGACCCUCAGAAUCGACCUGAGAGCAGGAGACGAGUCCGUUUACGCACGUUAUUCCUCGUUCUCCGUGGAAAAUGCAAAAAAACACUACACCAUCAGAGUCUCGGGAUACUCUGGCACAGCCGGCGACUCGAUGUCGUAUCAUAACGGCCGGCCGUUCUCCACGCGGGACAGAGACCCUCAACCGUUCAUCACGCGCUGUGCCAUGUCUUACAGAGGCGGCUGGUGGUACAAGAACUGCCAUGAGGCAAACCUCAACGGCCUGUACAACACCAACAAAAACCACCAGGUGCAGCCGACUGACACAUGCGCUCAUAUACAGAGAUCAGUGUCAACCAGUGCAUCGAUAUGAUGUAUCAAUGCACUGAGGAA